GACGCGAACCAGGUCAAUGGCUUAUAGAUGUAUAUGCGAUGAGUUGAUAUAUACUAUUCCAUAGCAAAUCUGCAGAAGUUGUAACAAAAGACAUCGUAUUCUCAGGAUAUCAGACCCUUCGUUGUGUCUUUACUAGAUUACUUCAUCACCGGUAAUCAGUUCUGCAGAGGAUAUCAGCGUCCGUGGUACGCCCCCACAUCAGUAAUCAGUUCCACAGAGGAUUUCAGCGCCAGUGGUACGUCCCCACUUCUUUAACCAAUUCUACAGGGGAUUCUAACGCAAUUGGUACGUCGCUACUUUUUUGCAUCGUCAUCAGUGAAUUGUUACUUCGUCAUUAGUUCCAGCAGUCUUUCAAAAUGCAUCUGAUCACGCUAAGCUUCUUAGGAUUGUCAUCUUUCUUUGGCCAAGCGUCUGGUGGAAAAAUUCUCCUUCUUCCCUCCAUGAUCAACAGUCACAUCCUAAUGAUGACGUCACUAGUCGAGCCACUUAAGGCUCGAGGUCACGUGGUAUACCUUGCCAUGGAUGCAAACAUGAAGCCCCUCUCAGACGUCGAAAAGUCGCAUGUCAGGAUUAUCAAGUACAAAUCCGAGCAUCCGCCGCUGUUUGAGACCGAGGCAUAUCAACGAACGCUCUUUGCUCUCGCUUUGGAAUGGACUGUUGGCAACUGGAUUGAGGCGGCGAAAUCAGGUCUCAAUGCAUUCACCGAUAACUGCGAAACGGUUCUCCAAAAUAAAAAGUUCUUCACCGACGUGAAAAAGGAGAACUUUGACUUCAUCGUAGUUGGCGGACCUGGACCCUUGCGAUGUUUGUUUAUCAUCCCGCACCGUCUAGGAGUCCCAUUCGCCAGUCUCAGUUCCGCUCAUCUCUUCGACUUGCGGGCAAUCGGUAUCCAGGCACCAUUUCUCGUUCCCGGUUUCGAAGCACAUGACCAGACGACCUUGACAAUGGCGGGCAAGUUGAAAAAGUUGGCAGUGUACGUUGCUUCCCACACGCUUUUAGAAUUAAGUUCUCAGACGUAUUCACCUGACAGACCUUUUUCCUCACUCCACGAAGUCGCGAACCGGGCAAGUCUGUUCUUGUACGAUACCGCGAGAGUCUUCGAUACUCCGAUACCGUUGUCCCCAAACGUCAUUCACGUUGGAGGACUGACGACUAGAAAACCCGAACCCUUAGCGCCCGGAACGGUCAGAACAUUCCUGGAUGGCGCUGAUGAUGGGUUCAUUUUAGUGUCCUUUGGCGGUGUAGUGAAGUUCUUUCCGGAACACGUGGUUCGAAUCCUCAUCGAUGCGUUUGCGACAAUAAAAUUUCGAGUUUUGUUCAAAAUUUCCAAAUCUGUGAUCCCAGAUGAUGUGACGGUGCCAGGAAAUGUGCUAACGCAGAAUUGGAUUCCCCAGAAAGGGUGUGCUAUCCGCUGUAGUUACAGACUUUUGUGUCGGAAUCGGCAGGAACGGAAGUUGAAGAUGAAAUAGCCUUACCAGAAAAACAAGUUCAUUGGUGGUGAACUCCCCAGGUGAAUGGUUGCGUACACAUACAUGUACAUGUGUUAUUGUUUAUAGAAGCAGAAUUAAAAUGACUAAAUGAAAAAAUGUGACAUCUCUGAAUUAUCCAAUUAUAACGUACGACACCAAAAGGAAGUUGACUGUGUGAAUUUUGUACUACAGGAACACGGUGUCUGGGCUGGGUGGCGGUUCGUUUGCAAUAGGGGAGGGGAGCGGGUCAAUAAUGAUAUAGAGAGGCCCAACUAUUUUGGCCUAAAAUUUAUACCUUUCAGUGUCAAUUCAUCAAAUAACUUUUAUGCUACAAUAAAAGUACAGGUCUUAGACAAUAUUACUUGACAGAGAAACAAUUGUUUGCUUUGUUUUCAUUAAAGGUACAUGUACAUUUGUCAAUGGAAUUUAAUACGCUGUGACGCUAUUUUGCGGGUUUCAGAGUAAAAGGCGGAGUCCGGGAACUCUCCAUCUCCUCGACAUAUUUCGUUUGUAUAA